AUGAUGACCAAGCAGCUCAUCUCAUGGCAACCGGCCGGGCUCUUCCACACAUGUACAAGGCUGGCCGCAGACAAGAAUGUUCUGGUAAAGCUCAGGAAGAAGACUGGCUACUCGUUCACCAACUGUAAGAAAGCCUUGGACAAGUUCAGCAAUGACAUAAAGCAGGCAGAGGUCUGGCUGCAUGAACAGGCCCAGAAAGAAGGAUGGAGUAAAGCCUCCAAAUUGCAAGGAAGAAAGACUGCAGAGGGUCUUGUAGGAUUGCUGCAUAAAGGCAACACUGCCGUGCUGGUGGAAGUGAAUUGUGAAACGGACUUUGUUGCCAAGAAUGUGAAGUUUCAGCAGUUGGUCCAGCAGGUGGCAGUGUCAACACUAAAGCAUUGCCAAAGUACAGAGGGAGACCAGUCCUCACACUUGAAGGGUUUCCUUGCUGGUGAAGAUUUUUUACAAAUGAAGACAGAAGAGUCAUCAUUGAAAGACCUUCUUGCUCUGACAAUUGGAAAACUGGGUGAGAACAUGAUAAUGAAGAGAGCUGCGUGGGUCACCGUCCCUUCCAACAUGUUUAUUGGUUCAUACAUGCAUGGGUCCCUACCUGCAGACAUGCCUUUCUUGGCUAAUAUGGCAUUUGGGAAGUAUGGAGCCUUGGCUAUAUGCAAGCCAAAUAACUGCAAAACCAACGUGACUGAAUUGGGACGUAGACUUGGCCAACAUGUGGUGGGUAUGAGCCCAUCGAGCCUGGGUUCUCUAGAAGAUGAAUCUGCUGGAGAGACAGAAACCAGGAUGUUGGCCCAGCCUUUUCUACUGGAGCCCAGCCAAACCGUAGGACAGUAUCUGCAGGCAUACGAUGUACAAGUGCUGGAUUUUGUGCGCUUUGAGUGUGGGGAGGAAGUGCAGACCACGUCGUAG